AUGCACGCCAAGCUCUUCGCCUACUUCUCUCUUGCACUGGGUGCCCCACAUCUGUCGCCGCUGCGUCUGCUUACCUGGCCCGACUUAGAUGCCGCUAUCGUGUCUCUCUUCAUCCCGGACGUGGACCCAGCAAGUGAACCCAUCCCUAUUUCUGGCUCCGUCCUCGGUGUCGAUUCCCUGGGCCGUACCACCUGGCGCCUCCAAGCUUCCCCCACCCCGAGCGGCAAGUACACCGCCGCUGUGGCGAGCACGAACACCGCCCCUGUCACCCUGGUUGAAGGGCCCAACGAAGCCCACAUAAUGGCCGAAGACGGUCUGAUCACUGACGACUGCGUGAUCAAGGACGGCAAGGUCGAGUGCACGCUGAUUGUUUCUGCUUCCGGCUCGGUGUCGACUUUCGGUGUUUCGACGCAGACCUUAGCUCUGUUCGACGGUUCAGGUCUGACUCUCGUGAAUUGA